AUGGGGUGGCGCGGACGGGGUGAGAGUGGGGCAUAUGGUUCCGGUGGUAGAGUGUGUCGCACGGAUGGGCUGCGGGGUUCCUACUGGGCGACGGGUUGCGGGCAGGUUGCGGGGUGCAUACGGGGCGACGGGGUGCUGGCAGGUGACGGGGUGCAUAAGGGGCGACGGGGUGUGGGCGUCGGGAUGUGGGGCGUGUACGGGCUACAGGGCCUGGGCGUCGGGGCGUGGGCUGCUUAUGGGGUACAGGGCACGGGCAUCGGCCUACGGGGCGCGAGUGGUGCGACGUUGGGCUAUGGGUGUGGGCGAGCUCGGGGCCUCCACCGCCACCCCCGCCGCCUCCGCCGCCUACGCCGCCUCCGCUACUACCGCCGCCUCCGCCACCUCCGCUCCCACCGCCACCGCCGCCGCCGCCUCCGCCUCCACUGCCGCCACCGACACCUCCACCCCCACCACCACUCCCACCGCCACCCCCAGUCCCCCUGCCGCCUCCACCUCCACCUCCACCGCCCCCGCUCGCCCCUCCAGUGCCACUGCCCCCCUUGCCCUUGCCAGAGCGGCGUCUCCGGCUAG